AUGAACAUCGUCGAAUGGGCUUUCGGCAAGCGCACCACGCCAGCCGAGAGGCUUCGGGCGCACCAGCGCAGUCUCGAGAAAACGCAACGGGAACUGGACCGCGAACGAGUCAAGCUCGAGAACCAGGAGAAGAAGCUGAUCCAGGAGAUCAAGAAGAGCGCGAAGAACGGGCAGAUGGGGGCAUGCAAGAUCCAGGCGAAGGAUCUGGUGCGGACAAGGAGAUAUAUUGAGAAGUUUUAUUCCAUGAGGACGCAACUGCAGGCUAUCUCGCUGAGGAUCCAGACCGUCCGUACGAACGAGCAGAUGAUGCAGGCGAUGAAGGGUGCAACCGGUGUACUGGGAAGUAUGAACAGGAGCAUGAACCUGCCAGCUCUGCAGCGGAUCGCGAUGGAGUUCGAAAAGGAAAAUGAUAUUAUGGAUCAGAGACAGGAGAUGAUGGACGAUGCCAUCGAUGAUGUUACCGGGCUCGAGGAUGAGGCCGAGGGAGAGGAGGUCGUCGAGCAGGUGUUGGAGGAGAUUGGAAUUGAUCUCAAGAACGCUAUGGGAGAGACUCCUUCGGGUCUCCAAAGCACCACAGUGGCCGAGGGACGGAUUGCACAAGCUAUUGGGGGCGGUGGUGGAGGAACCGAUUCGGCAGACGACGACCUUCAGGCCCGUCUGAAUCGGCUCAGAUGA